AUGAGUCACCACGAAGACCCUUUCUCCAAUCACACAGAAGCAGACGGAGACGUGGAGAAGCAAGAUGAUAGUGAUGGUCGCUCUCCUAGGGGCAGGCGCAGCCGCCACAAGAAAGAGGGUGCAAAUGGAGCUGUCGAUGGGGAAACUAGAGAAGAGCUGAAAGAAUGGCAAUGCUACGACAAGUUAGGAUAUUCCUACCCCUGGUGGAAGAAAUGGGGUAUUAUCUCCGUCAUCUUUGCUGUCCAAACAUCCAUGAAUUUCAACGCCAGUUUUUAUGCCAGCAGCAUUACUCUGUAUGCAAAACACUUCAGCAUUUCAGAGCAGGCUGCGCGUGUUGGCCAGAUGGGAUUUCUCGUUGCUUAUGCAUUUGGCUGCGAGUUUUGGGCGCCCUUCAGUGAGGAGUUUGGUCGAUGGCCAAUAAUGCAGCUCAGCUUGUUCUUCGUCAACAUCUGGCAGAUCCCAUGUGCCCUGGCUCCCAACUUCGGUACUAUUGUUAUCUGCCGUAUUCUCGGGGGUGUGUCGUCCGCCGGUGGCUCCGUGACGCUCGGCAUGGUAGCGGAUAUGUGGGAACCAGAGGACCAACAAUAUGCUGUGGCCUUUAUUGUGCUAUCCUCCGUGGCAGGCUCGGUCAUCGCCCCAGUUGUUGGAGGGUUCGUGGCAACCUUCCUUGAUUGGCACUGGAAUUUCUGGAUUCAGCUUAUCCUCGGAGGCUUUGUGCAGUUAAUGCAUUUCUUGAUUCCAGAGACCAGGUGCAGCAUCCUCGUCACGAGAGAGGCCAGGCGGAGACGUCAAAACGGCCAGAUGGUAUGGAGUGGUGAUGAGCUGAAGAAAACUCGUAUGUCCUUCCGCUGGGUGUUCAUGGUUUGGGUACGCCCGUUUGUUAUGUUCGUGCGUGAGCCUAUCGUCUUGUGCCUCUCUCUGCUCAGCGGCUUCAGUGAUUCCCUCAUCUUCACUUUCCUUCAAUCUUAUACACCGGUAUACAAGCAGUGGAAAUUCACUACAAUUGCCAUUGGACUUUCUUUCCUCCCACUUCUGGUGGGCUAUUUCAUUGCCUAUUUCUCGUUCCUUCCAUGGAUUUAUCGACAUUGCAAGAUUAGACAGAAAGAUCCAGAUGCUCUUCAGCCGGAAGCUCGUCUUUACUGGCUGCUAUGGGUGGCUCCUCUAUUGACAAUUGGCCUAUUUGGAUUUGCGUGGACUAGUCUCGGCCCACCUCAUGUCCAUUGGAUUGCGCCAAUGAUCUUCUCAGCCUUAAUAGCAAUUGCCAAUUAUGCUAUCUACAUGGCCACAAUUGACUACAUGAUUGCCGCAUAUGGUCCAUAUGCCGCCUCCGCUACAGGAGGAAAUGGAUUCGCGCGUGAUUUCCUAGCCGGUAUCGCAGCGAUGUAUUCAGUUCCUAUGUACACAAACAUGGGUACAACACACCACCUGGAAUGGCCUUCCACCUUCUUGGGCUUCAUGGCGAUUGUCUUCACCAUUCCGAUAUACAUCUUCUAUUGGAAAGGUCCUAGGAUUCGGGAACUGUCACCCUUCGCCCAGACCUUGGCUUCUGAUAGAAAGAAGGCUGGCCGCCGGGUUUCUUCCUGUGGUUCAGGUGAUCCAGAUCCUGUUGAAAGGUAUCUGUCUGAGCGUUCCUCAAGCGAAACAAGAACCAGAUCCGGGGUGGUCUAUGUCUCUAGCUUUGCUGUCGCUUGA